AUGGAGACUCCAGCCUUUUCACGCUUCAACAACUUUCCGUGGGAAAUCAGGCGCAUGGUAUGGGAGGAGGCCCUCCCACCCACGGUCCCCCAAGUUCUCACCUACAAGGCCUCAACCUUCCCGAGAUGGGACCACACGGCCAACACUUGGGGCGCCGACGACGGGCCCCCUUGGAUCCCCAUCCCGCCCCCGGCCCUCCUCCACACCAACGCCGAGGCCCGCGCAUUCGCCCUAGAGCACGUCCGCAUCCGCACAGAGAAGAAGCUUCCAACUCGGUCGCGCGCCCCAAACUCGUACCAUCGCAUGGUAACCCGCGCCUUCGACCGCGACAUCGACGCCAUGUUUGCGCACGAGACGCACUUCCGCGCCUUCAUGGGGGUAUACAUGCGCCGCACGCCCUUCGCCGCGCGACACCUCAUCUUUGACAGCGACCUGUUCGCCCCCCGGCGGGAUUGGUACGAUCUCUGGGACCAUUUCGUGGGCGAGGCGGCCGAAAGGUGCCGCGGCCUCAGGUCCGUCACGCUGGCUGACCUGAGCCGGUGCGCGGGCGCGCUGGACGCCCGGGCUUUUGGUGAUCGCACCGCCCGCGGGUACUACCGCAUUGUGCCUGAUGUGGAGGCCGCGGGGUGGUACAAGCGCCUGGGUGAGGAGCUCAGGCGGGAGUUUGAGGGCUUGAGGGGCCCGGACGGAGUCCCGUGGAAGGUUGAAGUGAGAGGAGUCAGCUCGUGCGGUACCGAAGCUGAUGAAGAGGGGAUUUUGGAGUGUUCGCAGGUUCUUGUCGAGCGCUUUACGGCGUCGAGCGCUAGGUAG